CGGCCCAGACCCAGUCUCUCUCCCCGGCCCAGACCCAGUCUCUCUCCCGGCCCCGACCCAGUCUCUCACCCUGGCCCAGACCCAGUCUCUCUCCCCGGCCCUAGCCUGGCCUGGAGGCAUCUCCCCCACCUCUACCAGCAGCAGCAGCCCAACAGCCACCUCAGCCUCAGUUGCCCCCGGUGUGACCUUCUCCAUCAUCUCUGCCUCUCCGCCCGCCGACACCGGGAACAACAGGGUGUGGACCAUCAAUGAGGCUGUCAAGGUCCAGCCUCUGGUCUUCAACACUGACAAUAAGUUGAAAAUAAUCCAGCCGGAGGCAGAGACCCCCAGCUCCUCCCAGGACCCCCAGGAGGGACCCCAGGGGGCCGACAGCCCCUCACAGGAGAUCCCCUCCAUCACCUCGACCACCAACCCCUCCACCUCUCCCUCCUCUACACCAGCCAAGAAGAAGAAGAAGGAUGAGGACUCAGAGAAAAUGUCCUUCAUGGUGGCUCUUGGCCUGGUCACUACAGAGACACUGGAAGAGAUCCAGACCAAGAGACAGGAGAGGAAGAGGCGGAGCACAGCCAACCCAGCCUACAGCGGCCUGGUCCAACCAGAGCGGAAACGCCUUGCAUCAAAUUACCUGAACGACCCACUCUUCCUGUCAGUGAGAGCCACUGGGGACUACAGAUGGAAGGAAGAGCUGGAGCACGACGACCACUGCUCUGUGUGUAAGGGGGACGGAGAGCUGCAGCUAUGCCACAACUGCCCCAGAGCCUACCACCCGGACUGCCUGCACCCACCUCUCAAAACACCGCCCCGGGGGGUCUGGGUUUGCACCAAGUGUCAGAAGAAGGUUCUGAACAAAGAGAACAUGUCGUGGCCACAGAACUUUGUCCAGUCCUAUGUGACACACAAGACGGUGAGAGAGGGGGAGAAGAGGAGUCUGCUCAGGAGGAAUGUAGAGCUGAAGAAGGAGUGUGCUCACCUGGAGGAACAGGACCAGCAACUCAGCACGUCCCUCACGCAGAAGGUGAUGGGCGUGCGGGAGCGUCUGAUUGGUCAACAGAGGGACACCCAGUCCUCCCUGGAGCGUCUCAAGGCUCUGAUUCGUCUGAUCCAAAGAGACCAGAUGAUCCAGGUUACCAUGACAGCCACCGCCACCACCACCGGAGUGUCCCUGCUCUCCCUGCCCUGGAUCAAACCCUCCGGCGCCGCCACACACACAGUGCCCCCUGCUGGACCGUCUAUGCUACUGCAGCAGAAGACUCUGGUCAUGCCACAGUCUCAGACACAGAGCCAGGCUCAGGGCAAUGUCUGAGCUCUAGUAGUACCAACCCAGCCCACCAGGGGGCCACAGUUCACAGUCCAAGGCUGCGCCACAAAUGGCACUCUAUUCCCUAUAUAGUGUAGAACUUUUAAUAAACGGACCCAUAGGGGAAGUUUCAAAUACAUGUCCAUUUGACAUCAGAGCCCUGGUCUAAAGUAGUGCACUACAUAGGGAAUAGGGCCCUGGUCUAAAGUAGUGCACUAUAUAGGGAAUAGGGCUCUGGUCUAAAGUAGUGCACUAUAUAGGGAAUAGGGCUCUGGUCUAUAGUAGUGUACUAUAUAGGGAAUAGGGCUCUGGUCUAAAGUAGUGCACUAUAUAGGGAAUAUGGCCCUGAUCUAAAGUAGUGUACUAUAUAGGGAAUAGGGUUCUGGUCUAAAGUAGUGCACUAUAUAGGGAAUAUGGCCCUGGUCUAAAGUAGUGUACUAUAUAGGGAAUAGGGCUCUGGUCUAAAGUAGUGCACUAUAUAGGGAAUAGGGCCCUGGUCUAAAGUAGUGCACUACAUAGGGAAUAGGGCUCUGGUCUAUAGUAGUGCACUAUAUAGGGAAUAGGGCUCUGGUCUAUAGUAGUGCACUAUAUAGGGACCUUAGGGCCCUGGUCUAAAGUAGUGCACUACAUAGGGAAUAGGGCUCUGGUCUAUAGUAGUGCACUAUAUAGGGAAUAGGUCUCUGGUCUAAAGUAGUGUACUAUAUAGGGAAUAGGGCUCUGGUCUAAAGUAGUGCACUAUAUAGGGAAUAGGGCUCUGGUCUAUAGUAGUGCACUAUAUAGGGAAUAGGGCUCUGGUCUAAAGUAGUGCACUAUAUUGGGAAUAGGGCUCUGGUCUAUAGUAGUGUACUAUAUAGGGAAUAGGGUGCCAUUUGGGACUCAGGCGAAGUAUCCAUGCCACGUGGCCACCUGUCACAGAGACAUUGAAGACAGCGGGGUUUUUUUUUAAGAAGAAGAGGAAGAAGAAGUCAGAGACUUAUUAGUGAACCGUAUGGUUGAAGAGCUGGAGGGGGAUGAACGAGACACACACAAAAAACACAUCUUCCUUUUCACCACAUUUCAUGAUAAGUAUUUUUUAAACCCAACACCUACAGUGCUUACGAGAUUUAUUUUAUUUAUAGUUUUUGUUGGUAUUUAUUAUUGUAAUUAUUAAUGUUUCUUGGCCUUAAUGUAUUUACUCGGACUGUAAAGAAGCUAGAUCACAGUGCUGCAAAUUAAAUAGGUAUUUUCUGUGUGGCUGAAAAAUAUUUUAGAUUUUUUGGUUAUUUUCUAAACUGGUAUAAUAUUUGUUCUGCAUAUAGAGAGAGAGAGAGAGACAACACUAGCGUAGUUAGUUACCAAUGAUCAAAGAAUAUGAAGAAGUGGGAACAAAGGACUGCUAUAAAUCAGAGUAGGUCUCUGUGAACUACAUUUUGCCAUAAUUAUCAGGUGGGAUAAUCUACAGUAGACCCCAGGUGGGAAAAGGCCCAGGGAGAGAAGUUUUCAUUGUGUAUGUACGGGAAAAUGUACGGGAAAAUGUACGGGAAAAAAACAACAUACAAGCCUUCAAAAACAAAAAAACAAGAGAAUCACUUUUUUCUCUCUCAGUAUUAGUAUAGUUUAAAGAGACAAAAAGAGGUAUGUAUAGACGACUACAGAAUGUAGUCAUUCUAGGGGAGAGUUGAGUAUUUUCAUGCUGUUGAUGACUUAGUUUGAGUAUUUGAGGAGUAUUGAUGGAAGGGAUCUAUCGUUGUAUAUAGGUUGUAUAAUUAUCCCCAGGUUACUGUUACCGGAUUCACAACAACAACAACCAACAACAACAACAACAACCCCAACAACAACAACCCCAACAACAACAACAACAACCCCAACAACAACAACCCCAACAACAACAACCCCAACAACAACAACAACUCAGAAUCCAUUUUGAACCAUCCUGUAGUUGUGUGAUCCAAACCAUUUGAAUCCUUUUCUUUUCACCACUAUAGAAAAUAUGCCAAAAACCCCAUUACAUUUAGUACUGGGAAGUCCUGUGUACGUAUCAAAUAUGUCUGGCAUGCUUUUUUAUCCCUGCCUGGUUUUGUAUAUUUAAAAAAUAUAUUUUGUCCUUUUCACACUAUUUGUUUUUUUAAACUCUAAAUGAUGUUCGUUAUGAUGACUUGACAUUUGAAGAGCCUGCUGAUUUCAACUGUUUCUAUUGUUCUGUUUCUAGUCUGUUAGAUUAAGGUACAAAUGAACUGUUUUCUAGUCUGCUAGAAGAUACAAAAUGAACACUGCCUCGAGAACAACUAGAAUCCAACCAGGGUUUCUUUAUUCUAUAGUUUAAUAAACAAUCAAACACCAGUGAAUGGGGGGGAAGAGGACUGUCAUAUCACUGCAACAGCUCAGUGUUGAUCUCUAGUUAGACUUCCUGCUGUCACAGGGGGGGGGGGGAAGAGGACUGUCAUAUCACUCUGCAACAGCUCAGUGUUGAUCUCUAGUUAGACUUCCUGCUGUCACGGGGGGGGGGGGGGGGAGAGGACUGUCAUAUCACUCUGCAACAGCUCAGUGUUUAUCUCGUUAGACUUCAUCACGGGGGAAGGGGUCCUAAAGGUGUAAAGGUGUUCCUGAUGAUCAAAUCAACGCUGUGUUGUGUGGGUCCCUCUAUUCUAAAAUGACACAGAGAGAAUCUCUCACUCUAAAGAGAGGACAUUAUAAUCUGUAUUUGUGUUGGAACCAAACUGAUCAAAUGAGAAGGAAAAUGCAAUAAUUAGAAGAGACCACCAAUACAUAUCGGAAAAAAAGACUUGUUUUCUACACAGAGACCGGAAUCUAUGAUGUAGUGUAGAACACUUUGGGCAGGAGUUGUUGACAGCGCUAGGACUAUAGAGAGGACUGAUCCAACUGUCAUCCAUACCAAGCCUCAAAACACACUGAGGACAUCCAUAUCAAGUUUGCCUUUCACAACCAAGAUAUUUGAAAGGUGCAACUGAAACCCGAGCAGUAGUUUGUAUGGGCUGUCUGUCUAUCUACUGAUCCAUCUGUCCGUCUGUCCGCCCGCCCGCCCGUCCGUCUAUCUAUCUAUCCAUCUAUCGAUCUAUCUAUCUGUCUGUCUAUCUACUGAUCUAUCUAUCUACUGAUCUAUCUACUGGUCUAUCUAUCUACUGAUCUAUCUAUCUACUGAUCUAUCUAUCUAUCCAUCCAUCUAUCCAUCUAUCCAUCUAUCUAUCUAUCUAUCUACUGAUCUAUCUAUCUAUCUACUGAUCUAUCUAUCUAUCUAUCCAUCUAUCCAUCUGUCUGUCUAUCUACUGAUCCGUCCGUCCAUCCAUCUACUUAUCUGUCUGUCUGUCUACUUGUCUGUCCGUCUCUUUCUUUCUAAUAGGGCUUUACCAUUCCUUAGUCUGGUCCAACAUUCAAUACAUAUCAUGAGCUCUGCCUCUUCCAACAUGGAAUAUCACGCCAGACCGUGUCAGAGACGAGCAUCUGCACAGCAUACGGUCGACCACUCUGAUGGGAAUCAAAUCCCCAAGAGAGGGGGCUGAAAGACUGGUGCCAUAUCACGUUGCAUCAAGGUAGAAGUUCAACCCCACAGAUCUAGGAUCAGGCUCAACCUAACAUUAACAUUAGGAGAAUACAGAAUACAUAACAUAACAUGACUCCAGAUCAGAGGUUUUUAGUGAAGCAGCUUCUACCACCUCCACAGUGUGCCCUUCAUCCAUUAUCCCAUCAAGAGGUAUCCCAGACUACAUCACCCAGAAUCCUCCGGGAGAAACUGUGCAGUGUUUAAAUACAAAUCUAUUUUAAUACACUCAGACACAACCUUUGAACAAAUGAUUAAAACAUGCAUCUUUUUUUUAUUCUUUUAUAUUCUUUUAUCAACGAUGAACACAAAAAAAUAAGAAAAUAAACAUUGGGACUGUUUUUUAAAAAUAUAUUGUUUGCUAAUUAUGCAUAGUAAUGAGCUGGCAAUGUUCAAUGUGUUGUUUUGCCACGAGGAGGACGGAGAGGGUAAAAACAGGAGAGACGACUACACUCUUUUUUCUUUUGUUUACAUGGAAAUGUCGUUUGGCUGUUAAUAAAGUAGUGUUUUUUUUCUCCCAUUGGCAUUGAUGACAAAGGGGCUGUCCAGUGGAUAGCGUGUACAGGGAAGCGUUUGUCUAUUGCCAAUGUAGUUGUAUCUUGACGGUGAUUUAAAGUUGAUUGAUGGACAUUGGUAAAUGGUUAAAGAGUAGUCUCACUUUGUUUUCUACCAAGUUCUUAUGAAAUAUGGAAUCAUUAAGUAAAUAAAAUUCAAGAACAAAA